AAAAGGACGCACACUCGUUAUAUUGUUUUAGUUUUUUAAUUCGCUGAAUUUAGGAAUUGUUCAGAAAACGUGCACUAAAAUUUGCAGAAAAACGCCAUACAUAAGUUUGUUUACGUAGGGCAGUGAUAGCUCAGUGGUUAAGGUGCUGGACUAGUAAUCAGAAGGUUGCUGGUUCAAGCCCCACCACUGCGAAGUUGCCACUGUUGGGCCCUUGAGCAGAACCCUUAACCCUCAACUGCUCAGAUUCAUGUUCAGUCAUAAUUGUCACUGAAUUAAAACAGGAUGGGUCCACGGAGAAAGGCAGAGAAAAGAAAAAAAGAAAAAGAUCUGACAGAGGAAGAAGAUUUAAGUGGAACAUGUGAACCAUCAGAAGCAAGCACAGCAGAAUUAAGGGAAAAGAAGCCCAGGAGUAAAGGAUUAAAGAAGUACAUUGGUGCUCAUGUUUCUAUAGCAGGAGGCAUCUGGAAAGCAGUUGAAGCGAGUGUCUAUAUGAAAGGUCACAGUUUUGCCAUGUUCUUGGGUUCUCAACGCUCCUGGCAAAGACCUGCCCUCGACAAAACUGCUGCAGUCAAAUUCCAGGAGGCCUGUGCUCAACAUGGCUUCGAACCAACACACAUCUUACCUCAUGGAUCCUAUCUGAUGAACUGUGGCUCCCCUAAAGAAGAUGUGUUUGGUAAGAGCCAGGCCAUGUUGGUUGAUGAGCUGAGCCGCUGCAGUGCUUUGGGCCUCACUCACUUUAACUUCCACCCAGGGGCUUCCAUGGGCUCCAGCAAAGAGGAAUGUAUUGAGAGGAUCGCCCAAGCUAUAAACCAUGCUCACCAGCAAGUACCUGCUGUCUGUACUGUGCUAGAAAAUAUGAGUGGACAGGGAAGCACUGUGGGCGGACAGUUUCCUGAGCUGAAGAGCAUAAUUGACCAUGUCCGAGACAAGACUCGUGUUGGAGUAUGUCUAGAUACAUGCCAUGCAUUUGCUGCAGGUUAUGACAUUUCUUCAGAAGGAGGGGUGAAGUCUGUGCUUGAAGAAUUUGACCAGGUGGUUGGACUGCAAUAUUUAAAAGCAUUUCAUCUUAAUGACUCAAAAGGAAAACUGGGCUGCCAUCUGGACCGCCAUGAAGACAUAGGGCAUGGACACAUUGGGAUCUCAGCUUUCCGAAACAUUGUAAAUGAGCCUCAACUGGAUAAUAUCCCUCUCAUCCUCGAAACACCUGGCCGUCCAGGUUUUGAGUAUCCAGAACAAAUAGAACUUCUUUAUUCUCUCUGUGAGGAUUAGAAAGCAUGGGAACGUUUCACAAGACAAACAUUCAAGUCAUGUGUUGUUGCUUGAUUUUAUUUCCAUGUGUAUUACCACAAGUCAUAAAAUAAACAAAAGUUUUAAUGUG